AUGGAGUGCGACGAUGCGGCGGUGGAGCGUCAGAAGCUGGUGUCGAACGAUGAGGAGGAUGAUCAGAACACGAUCACAAACCUUUCCUCCAGCGGACAGGCUAAAUCCGUACAGACGCCCAUCUCACCCGUACUAAGUAACAAGCUGUUUUCCAGUGGCGAAACUAGCCGAAGCCAAAACUCCACCAGCUACUCCCUGGGGAAAGGCAUCUCGAACGAUGCUCCAUUGACGACGAAAGUCAACUAUGUGAACGAACGCAAAGCGCAGGAUACGAAGCCCAAGGCUAAGAAAAUCCAACGAGAGCUCACACCCACGGGUGGUAUUCCGACCACCAACACAAACACCACCACCACUGCCACCAUUGGCACCACCACCUCUUCCAGCACAAGUAGCAAUCUCCCGGACGGACCGAUCGUAACGGCCGUUCCGAACAGCAGCGCAACCCGCCAGCUUAAAUCUCCACCGGCACAGUACCAACGCCCCAAGCCACCAGAUUCAUUACCCUCGCCGACAAGCAGUGGUAUAGGGGGUGGUGGUGGUGGUGGUGGAAGCGGUGGUACAAAGCUACGGAACGCCCCUAGCGCCCAUCCCGUGUCGUCUGCCUCGGGCAGCUCAAUAACGCUCAAUGCAAAAUCGCACAAUUUCUCAUCCCGUCCAUUAAAGCACCAUUCUUUUAUAUCAGAGGUACCCGACGUGCGGCACAUGGAACGAGCCCUGCUGGGUUUGCUGGAGGAUUUCCAUUCGGGCAAACUGAAAGCUUUCGGUUCCGGCUGUACGAUGGAGCAGAUGACGAGCAUCCGCGAGCAGCAGGAAAGUUUGGCUAAGCUACACUUUGACCUUGGCACAGAAGCAUUUACCGGUGGCAGCAACAAUCCGAACACCGACAACGAGCUGCAGGCCCAAAGCAAUAUGAAGAAGCUGGUGCAAAAGCUGGAACAGUUGUCCUUCUCGAUCGAGAAGCUCCAUUCAAGCAAUGUGGAGAAGUAA